UGAGGGCGUCCUAAUGUUUACAACCAAAAAGUCCAGAAUCCCAGCAGAAUCAGCUGUGAGUGUGCGUGUGAGUGUGACCACCUUCACAACUAUCUUUUCAUCCUUUAUUUAGACAUUCAUUAAUUCUACAUAUUGUGCCCACCUGUGACCUUGGAAUGGUAUUUGGACCAUUUACGCAAAACCCUUCAAUUCCACCAUCGUUUGGUUUGACACUUCAUAGUCAGCUCUAGAACUAGUGCAACUUGCGACACAACUUGCAUUGACCGUCGCAAGGUCGAGUGCCGUCCUGCAAUACAAUACACAUCAGCAUUGCUUGCAUUGUGUGUUGUGGUCUUCCUGAUACUGUGAUAGUCACAUGACGGUGUGUGUUAUUAGCAACAUAUGGUAGAACAUUUACCUUGCUGUGUGUUUUACAACUGCCGUUUUGUUUGUCUUCUACAGCAGAACCAGAAACAGCAUCAGAAUGGGUAAUUUGUUCUCGCCCGUCACUCAAGUCUCUUUAGACUCACCAGAAGGAAAGUUAGUACAAGACAUCAUCCACGACAAAACAGUCGUCGUAUUCUCAAAGACGACGUGUCCAUACUGCGCUAUGGCCAAGAGGGCGCUGGACGAACACAACGCAAACUAUGAAACGAUUGAACUUAACCAACGUGAGGAUGGGACGCGUAUCCAGGGGGUGCUUGGGAGGAUGACUGGAGCAACAACGGUUCCAAGAGUUUUCAUCAUGGGGAAGUUUAUCGGAGGAGGAAGUGAGAUCAAGAAACUAAACGACGAAGGAAAAUUGGAAGGGAUGCUAAGAGAAGCUAAUGCUAUCUAAGACCCUUGAACCUCUUUUACUACCAGGGUCCAAUUUCAUGGAGCUGCUUAAGCACACAAAUUAGCUAAGCACAGCAACAUAAAUGAUUGCCAGAUUAAGGUUACCAGCCAAAAUACCAAGUCACAUGUACAAUUUGUGACUGGUGUCCUGCCCAUUACUGCUUAGUAGACAUGUGGCAAGCCGUAUUUCCUGCUUCAGCAGCUCUAUGAAUUUAGGCCCAGGGCUUAUUUCAUAAAGCAGUUAAACAGAAAAUACUGCUUGACAAAUGUCUUUGCUAAGCAUAAUGAGUGGGGCACCAGUCACAGCAAUAUACAAAUUAUGUAGUUAUGGUCGGUAACCUGUUUCUGUAAAGUAACACCUUUUUGUGCUUAGCAAGUUUUUUGUGCUUACAGUCUUUAUGAAAUUGGGCCCUGACAGUACCAAGAAGAAAAACAUAAGUUGCCUUUUUCGGUUUUUUUUUUAACACUCAUAGAUUUUAUUCCUUCUCGAAAAAUUGCCUUUUAAUUAUAUAGGCCUUGAUGAUUCCGUGUUAGGUUCCCUGUAUACACGAUACAAUGAUACUUAGUUUUAUAGUAAACACAAAAAGGAACCAGACUCAGUUUCGUCAAGGUUUAUGGUGAAGGUAUUCAUUUAAUAAUAAUAUUGUUAAUUAUACUACACAAAUUAUUACAAUUUUUGUAAACUAAACAUAUGUAAAUUUUAUUUAUCCUUUGAUAUUACUGCCAUCAACAAAUCGAUAUGUCACAAUUUUGUUCAUGUUCUGUGUUUUUAUAAAUUGUUUUGAAUAAAUUUUGAUUUGACAAGAUUCGGAAAUUUAGGCUCAAAAUAAGUUUAGAAAUGACUUACUCAUCAAACCUACCUUGUAUAAAGAAAGAAGGUACAGUGGACCAUCAUCACUGUGUUACCAUGACUCUCUCCUUUUUAUUAAAGGCCACACUAUAGUUAUUUGACUUUCACUAUACCAACAAGUUUAUUGCACCUUUAGCCUCGGUUUUGUUACCUUUCUGUUGCUGAUGAACAAACCCUCCGGUUGGUAUGGACGGCCAAGUGUUGGCAAAAUAUUCAAUCGUGUUUAAACAGUUGUGACCAAAUUCAAAAUUUCUUUCAACUUUCAAUUUAUUUUUUACAUUUUACAACGAAAGUUAUUUUGUGACUCGUUUUACUAAUUUUUUAAAAACUGCACAA